CUUCCAAAGUUUUUCUUGAAUUUUCAUCUAUGUAUACAAAUAUUUCAUUGGGGUCAACGUCUUUGAAUAAGAUAAAAUUUUUGUAUAAAAAAAAUCCUAUUGUUUUUGUUGCUGCAUUUGGUUUUGGAUUCUUUGUUCAUUAAUUUCCCGUUAAUCUCGAGAAAUGUUGAAAGGUGUCAAUCCCAAUAAUUUCUACGAUUUCGCAGAGCAACAAUUCAUCUCGGGCCUUAACAUUACCCAGGCUCAAUACAACGAUGCCAUUGAUGAAGCAAUCUACGGCUCUGAUGAAUUCCGUAUGUACGCUUACAAGAUCAAACGGUGCACCAGGAUGCGUAGCCACGACUGGACCGAGUGCCCCUACGCCCAUCGUGGCGAGAAGGCUCAACGCCGAGACCCUCGUAAGGUACCCUACACCGCCAUUGCGUGCCAUGCCUUCCGCAACGGAAAAUGCCACAAAGGCGACGCCUGUGAGUUCGCUCAUGGGGUUUUCGAGUACUGGCUACACCCUGCCAGGUAUCGUACGCGUGCAUGCAAUGCUGGGAGAUUUUGCCAACGUAAGGUUUGUUUCUUUGCCCAUACACCUGACCAGCUCAGGUCCGAGUCCAAAUACAAGUGCCAUUUUGCAUACAAGGGAAGGAUGAUGAACUGUGGGGAUCAUCAGCUGAUGGUGGGGAGUCCAUCAAGUGGCGGAGAGGGUUCCACCUCAAUGCAACCAGGUCAUGUCGCCCCAUCAUCACCUUUCUCACCAAUGAUGAACAGGGAGAGCUGCAGCUGCGAAGGGGUAUCAGAUUUCCUGAAGAGUUUGAGGGCAUUGAAGAUCAGGGAAGAUGAGGAAAGGGAAAGAAACAAUAUUGGCGGUGGGUUUGAGGUGGCGGAUUCGGAUUUGCCACAUCUUGAUUGGAUUUCGGAGCUCUUGAAAUAAAUGCUCAGGGAAAAAAGCUGAAAAGAUGGAGUAGCAGCUUUUGAAAGAGUUUUUUGGGAGUAAAGAAGAGGGGUUUAAUUAAUGUAGUUCCGUUUUUAUGUAAAGAUUGUUUAAUGUUUAUGUGAGUGUUUGUGUUGAGUUCCUUUUAAGUUCAAAUAAUUUUCAAUUUUU